AUGACUUCACAAGACCGCAAACCCACUUUCAACGAAACAAUGGGCACCACGGGGGUUAGUCUUCGUCGCUCCAACGCUCAACGCAUCAAGAGACCAUCCCCUCAGUCCCCAGGCCCGCCUCCAUCUAUUCAUGCCGUCCAAGUUUCGGUUCCGGAGCUGUCUAAGGCACCUUCUACCAGGUCCGUGUCUGCUUCAGUCCACUAUGCAUCCUCUCCUCAACAAGGGAAGACCUCUAUCCAAUACUCUAGUGGGCCUCAACACGUUCAGAUUGCUAAGGCUCCAUCGGUGAGGUCAAUGGCUGCAUCGAUACACGAUGACCAGCCAGUUCCUCCCCUGCCCUCAUCUCCGCGCCAGCCUCAAGGAAAGGCGUCUAUCCAGUACUCCACUGGUCCGCAACACGCUAAAUUUUCCAGGGCUCCAUCUGUGAGGUCUAUGGUUGCGUCGGUUUAUGAAGAUCCAUCAGUACCUCCUCUGCCUUCACGUCCCUCUCCACAGCAAGGAAAGACGUCUAUUCAGCAUUCCAGUGGGCCGCAACACGUCCAAUUUUCCAGGGCACCAUCUGUGAGGUCGAUGGCUGCGGAGUCGGUGUAUGAUGGCCAACCAGUCCCUCCUCUGCCAUCAUGUUCGUCUUCCACUACCACAAUCCCACCGGCCUCCUCGGCACCGUCCCCCAAUCGCCCGUCCAUUAUUCCUGUUUCUACUCCGACCCUCCCGGUCUAUGUGUACCGAGACACGACCGGCAUGGCUUACGCCCCUUGCUACGUUGUUCCCGACAAUCCGAACGCUCCCAAAUUCCCAACUAUAGCAGUUCAAGGACCCACUAACAUAUCGAACGGAACUCCCCAAUAUCAUGGCCCUUCACGGUCUUAA